AUGAAGGCAGGAUUCAAUAAAAUAGCAUGUACUCAACCUCGCCGAAUUGCAUGUUCGUCUCUCGCAAGGCGUGUUAGCUAUGAAACUUUAAAUGAGUACGGCUCACAGGUUGCUUACCAAGUUAGAUUUGAAGGAAAUAAAACAAAUCGAACACGCGUACUGUUUUUGACAGAGGGAUUAUUACUACGACAAUAUUCCUCCGACAACAUGUUAUCUAUGUACGAUGUUAUAGUUGUCGAUGAAGUUCAUGAACGUCAUAUGAUGGGCGAUUUUCUUCUGGCACUGCUAAAAAAGACGUUAGCAGAAAGAAAGGAUUUACAUAUUGUUUUGAUGAGUGCUACUAUCAAUGCAGAACUUUUUGCGCAAUACUUUGACGCGCCAACGCUUAUAAUACCCGGAAAAAUGUUUAGUGUCAAAACACAUUAUUGGCCUCAAGGCGAUGAUGAUAAAAAUUUGGUAGAUGCAGCUGCCCACCAAAAACGACAGUCUGAAGCAAUUAAGGUAAUGUAG